AUGGGGAAGGGCGCUGUACACCCAAAUGGCUCAAACUUUUGCAGAUCUCUAAAAUACAAUAUUGUAGACAAAAUGAGAAAACUUGUUGAAACCAAUUUGUAUGACAGACCACGAUGGCUAGAGUGGUCAGAAAGGGCUCCACCAAUGGAAAUAUACAACAUCAGUUUGAAGUCAAAAUAUAAUAAUAAUAAAUACAUGGAUUUAAUAAAAUUUCUCUUAAAAAAAUACCCCCAUUUGAGAUUUCAGGAUUGCUACGUUGAAGGUAAUAAUAACAUAAAGGGGUAUGACUUCUUUAGAAAUGAUCAUAUAAUUACUCAAAUGGCUACUCAUCAGUUAUAUUACAUGAAUAGGGGAUAUGGAAAAAAAGAGGCUUUAGAAAAAGUAGAAAAAGAAUUUUAUAAUAGAAGAAUGAUGAUUGAAAAGCAGCAAAAAAUAAAUAUGUGCUUAGCUAUUGAUGAAAAAAUUAAACCUCUUUAUACUAAUGGUUACUCCUAUUUAUAUGAAAAAAUGGCUGACAAUGAAAAGACAUAUCUAAACGUUAUACUUAAAAAAUUAAGAUAUAUGAGGCAAAAAUUAGAAAAGGAGAAUAAAGCAAAUGAUAUUAAUCCAAAUGAUAAAAUCAACAGUACUUCAAAAUACUCGGAAAGUGAUAACACAUCGAAAAAAGACAAUGAAUAA